GGGAGCAGCUGAGGAAGUAAAGCACCCUCUGAGAACAUGUAUUGAAACUGAAAGUCACUACUACAUGAUAUAAAUAUGAGAAGCGUCUCUACCUGUAGCUCAGAAGAGUCGUGCAGUAAUAAGAGAUACGUGCUGGGAAGACCCUUACUGGAUUUAACGGAGCCCAAACGACUGAUCUCAGAGUUGAAUGCAGACCCUGCAUCCUGUUUUCACUUCCUGAACUCGGAUUCAACCAUUCACUGAGAACAAAAGAAAUUCAAAGCCAAAGCCACAAAGCAAAAACAAGCAAAGUGAAAGAAGGUUCAUACUUUAUAUAACAGGAAAUAAAAGAAGGCCCCAGAUUCUAAGCAGGAGACAUGCCGCUUGUGGGUGUGGCUCCUGUAGAAGGAGACUUGAUAGAAUUUCAUCGCCCUCUUUAUCAACACUGGGGUAUCUACGUUGGAAAAGGUUGUGUUGUUCAUUUAACAGAUCAGCAGGGGUUCUCUUACUUGUCUUCAGCAUUUGGUGGCACAGCAGAAGUGAAAAUGGAACCUCUGGAGGCUGUCGCUGCUGGUUGUAAUUACCAAGUCAACAACAAAUACGAUAAGAAAAGAAGCCCGUUGCCACCAACAAAGGUGGUGCGGGCAGCCAUCGACCAAGUGGGCCAGACGAAACAAUAUAGUGUCACUAGUGCCAACUGUGAGCAUUUUGUGACGGAACUACGAUAUGAAAAAGCAUACUGUGACCAGGUUGAUAAUGCCAUUACAUAUGCUACAGUUGGAGGAGGAGUAGUUGCAGCCCUGGGUGUAAUUGCAGCAUUUUCUAGCAUGCGGAAUAAGCAGAAGCAGUAAAGUGCAAUCAUUUUACCAUUGCCUUCUCGUGACCUUGUAGAACUGUUCCUACAGAAAUCGAAAUUCUGCCUUUAUGCUAUUAUUUUCACUUCCUUGUGAAUUUGUUCCUAGACUUGUUAUAAUAAAUUUAUACUGAUGUCAGCCUU